AUGCCACGCCGGCGCAAUCCAGAUGCGCCUACCGCUCCGAAAGCACCGCGCGUUCGCAAGAAGAAGGCCGAAGCGGAUGUGGUGAAACAGGAUUCGGCCGUCUAUGAGCCGUUGAUGCAAUCGAAUGGCAUCAUGAUGGACGAUGCCAGCAUGUACACGCAGGAUUUCGGCUUUGCGUUUGGUGCACAGCCGAAUUUUACUAGUCCGGAGCAGGCGAACAGUCCAUAUAUGCUGCCGCCACAAAGCAACACUCCGCAACCGUCUAUGAUGAUGCGACCGAUGGCACCUCCUUCGCAACCAGGUGCGCAAAUAUCAGCUCCUGCCCAACCGCAGUCCAUGAAUGCCGUUCCGAGUCCCUUAGAGUUUCGUAUCCAUGAGAUGAAUCGCCGUCUAUACAUAUUUAAUUCUUCUGGGAUAUGUGAAAAAGAUUUUGCACAAUGGUGGGACGCCUUCUCUCAUGAGUUUUUCGAUGAUGAUGCCAAAUUAUGGAUAAAUAUUAUUGAUGAGCAUAGUCCACACUCAGAGAAAUAUGUUUUGGGCCGACAACUUAUACCUCGUUUCUUUCGCUCAUUUUUCGAGAGCAAGAUUAGAGAAAUGUAUUUCGUAAUUCGUGGGCAAGCCCGUGAGUCUCAAGCACCGUCUGGUAUGAUCCAUUACGAGAACCAGGAUGUGCUUCAGGUCACGAAGCAUGACGUUCCGAAUGCAGAGGUGCAAACGAAGUUCAAAUUAUUCAUCGAAUUCACGCCUUAUGAUGAGAUUUUGAAUCAUCGAAUUCGAACUUGGAGUAUGGAGUUGGAGAGUUGCCAGGAAUUUUUCAUGAAUGAAAUUACGAAGGAGUACGAAAUCCAUCAUGGUGACGGUAUGGAAAAGCCGAUGCCGUUAACCCGCGUGGGAAUGCCACAACAAACGAUGGCGUGCCUGUCAAUGAGUCGAAUAUUGGAGCCGAUGCAAAUGCUCAUGAGUCAAAGUAAAACAUCCGGUUUGUCACCGAGGGAUGCGAUGACUCGAACUCUUUUUGCUCACCAUACGAAAAUGCAGCAGCAACAGCAGCAAAUGGCCAUGCAACACAUGAGUCAACCACCAAUGUUGCCGCCGACAACGGUUGAAGAGCAGAAACCGAAACCAGCUCGGAAAAGGCAACGGAAAACAACAACGAAUACCAAGAAUAAGAAGGCCAAUGCUAGUCCCGCACCAACGAAUGCAGGAUUUCCGGCGAAUCCGAUGUCUGGCAACUUUUCGUCGAUGGGUUUCCAGGACGUCAUGGUGGUCGGCGAGCCAUCAAUGAUGGGAGGAGAUUUCGGUGAAGAGGAUGAGCGGACAAUCUCGAGAGUCGAGAACACUCAGUAUGACCCUAAUGCCUUGCAGCUCCAGAUGCAGUCUUUGGGUCAAGGAGGACACAUUGGUGGUCCAGGCAUGAGCGGUAUGCAAGGUGGUCCUCCCAUAGGACCAGGCGGUGCCUCGCAAAUGGGUGGCACAGGUCCUCAACUUGUUCCCGGUGGGCCACAAAUAGUACCACCAGGACCGAUGGGGCCAGGUGGUCUGCCCUUAGGUCCAGGAUUAUCGGGUGGUCCUAAUCAGCAGCUGACGCAAUUGGGCCAACCACAAAAUGGUCAUCCACCACAAGGAUACGGGUAUAGUCAGCCGCAGCCUGGCGCUUGGUCAAAUCCGUCGUCAAAUACAACUUUGAUUACAGGAUAG